AACUCACUCAUCGGUAAAGCAGAUUUUUGUGUAUGUUCCCGAAGGGCGUUCCAAUAUCUGUCACUGAUCGAAUCUCAGGAAAAGAAAUCAUUCUGAGUAAACAAAACCGAAUGUGCUGCUCGCGUGUGUUUCUGCAAACUUCAUCGCAAAGCUUUCCUUUCUAACGGCACUCAGCGGACAUGGCCCCAGGCGCUGCUGUUUCUCGUUCGCUCAAGAUCUUUGUUGGUAACAUUCCGUGGACGGUGGGCCAUCGCGAGUUGCGUAAUUACUUUGCCCAGUUUGGUCGGAUCGCGUGGUCUCAGGUUAUCUUCGAUCGGAAGACCGGUCUCUCCAAGGGGUACGGAUUCAUUGUCUUCCAGAAGCGCUCUGCGCUGGAGAACUUGGAGAAGAAGCAGAAACACGUUCUAGAGCAGUCCACUAUCUUCUAUCAGCAGUCGGAAUAG